CGAUGAGUUGAACAGGAUUACCGAGAGGCCUUAGCUUCCUUCGUUCAACGGUGGUGAUGGCGGCUUCCAGGACCCUGUCUUCCUCAUCUUCUUCUUCUUCCUCCUCUUCAUCAGCUGCAAAAGGUAAACUCUCCUCUCUCUUCGCACACCCACUUAGAAGUUCUUCCCAAAUUCUCAAACUUCCUCGAGAGCUCGCCGCCGGGGCCUCGCCGCCGCCCCCAAAACCCGCGCUUUCCGCCGGCGCGGAGGCCCGAGCUCGACUCAUCGCUUUCGUCGAGAAGAGGUGUAAGACGGGGGACUUCGCCGUGGACGAAGCGCUCCGCCACUUCGAUCGCAUGAUCUCUGUCCGACCCGCUCCUCCCACUUGGUCGUUUCGCGUGUUAUUGGGCGCCUUGGCUAAGAAGAAGCAUUACUCUGCGGUGAUUUCUCUUCGCAGGAAGCUGGAACUUACUGGGCUGUUGUCUGAUUGCUUUGUGCUGAAUAUCUUGUUGAACUGCUUCUGCAACGAGAGGCGGGUGAACGAUGCUUUCGCGGUCUUGGGGUCGAUUUUUCGCCGAGGCCAUUGCCCCACUGUAGUCACUUACAAUCAAUUGGUGAAGGGAUUGUGCUUGAAACAUAAAAUCGGCGAAGGGGUCGCCUUGUUUAAGAAAAUGGCGCAUCUGGGUUGCCGGCCGAACGUUGUUACUUUCGGCAUUUUGAUUAGUGGGUUAUGUCAGACCGGCAAUACGAGCACGGCACUCGAGUUGCUUGAAGAAAUGCUGACUAGCAAUGGUGAACAUAGCGUUGUAUGCAAGCCGAAUAUAGUUUGCUAUGGUGCUAUUAUCGAUGGACUUUGCAAAGACGGGUUGCUAGAAGAGGCCAGCAAACUUUUCAUGGAGAUGAAAGGUGGUGGUAUUUCACCAAAUUUGGUCGUUUACAACUCGCUGAUAUGUGGCUUGUGCUGCGUGGGACUGUACAAGGAAGCCACGGAUUUGCUUAACGAGAUGGAGGAUCAAAGAAUCGAACCUGACAUAAUUACAUUUAAUUCUCUGUUGAAUGUUCUCUACAAGCAGUGGAAGUUCGAAGAAGCCGAAAACAUGCUCAAAUUGAUGAUUGAGAGGGGUGUGGUUCCUAGUAUUGUUACCUAUAACACGAUAAUGGAUGGCUUGUGUUCAGCAGGUAAGGUUGAUGAGGCAAGGGAACUGCUUGCUCAUGUGUUGAAUAAGGGUUGUCUAGUUACCACGGUUAGCUACAAUGUGCUGAUCAAUGGGUAUUGCAAUCAAGGUAGUAUGGAAGAAGCCAUGAAUGUGUAUAAGAAGAUGAUUGAUAAUGGAGUUAAGCCAACAAAAGUUACUUUUGGCAGUUUAAUGCUUGGUUUUUUCCGCAAAGGUAGGGUCCUCGAUGCACGGGAAUUGUUUAGUGAAAUGAAACGUCAUGAAGUGGAACCCGAUUCAUUCACAUUCAACAUACUUUUGGAUGGACUAUGCAAGAAUAAUUUGCUUUCAGAUGCAUUGGAUUUUUUUCAUUCCAAAGAUUGCAAUGGAAAGGUAAAUGUUGCAACCUUCAAUUGCCUCAUUGAUGGGUUGUGCAAAGCAGGGAAUCUGAAAGCUGCAUGGGACUUAUUCCACAUGUUGCAGCAGGAUGGGUUAGCACCAGAUGUUGUAACAUACUCUAUCAUGAUUAAUGGGCUCUGCCGACAAGGUCAACUUGAAGAGGCAAAUGAGCUUUUUGUGAAAAUGGAAGACAAUGGCUGUGCUCCAAAUGUCGUCACAUUCAACACAUUAAUGCAUGCUUUUUGUCAAAAGCAUGAGGCGCUGAAGGUGAUUGAGCUGCUUAAGAAAAUGGCAGGAAAAAAUUUAGUACCAGAUGCAACCACAGCAUCCAUAGUAUUUGACUUGCUUUCAAAGGAUAAAAAUUAUCACGAGUAUCUGACUUUACUUCCAGCAUUCCCUUCAUGAAAGUACAUGGGAGAAGACACUGUUCGGUCAUUGGCAUGCUUUUUACAGAAGGACUGCAGCGGACAAGACCAGCAUCACCCUGCGAUUGCGAUUUUUGGCGGACGAGGAGCAGACAGGAUCAAUUGUGCACUCCAGUUGUGUAGUUGUAGGAAUGCCUCUUGGAGCUCCGCACCGCUGGGUCUCAUGUGGUGCAUUUGGAAAUGGAAAGGACACGCCAAAAGAUUUUUGGAUUUCAUAGUUGGAAGCUGUUGUUUCCAGAAGGUAAGAGAAUGGUUAUAGGAUUCUCUGCGGUGGUGAGCUAGAGUGGAGUUGGAGAAAGCGCUCUGCACUGUUGCAGUAAAAGGAGUGAUGAACUGAGGGAAAGGUCCUGAACGAUUCUAUCAAGGAACUGGCACAGCUGGAGUUCUUAAUCUCGAAAAAUGCUGGGCUUAAUGUACGUUAGCAAAGAAGAGUAAUGUGUUCAAGAAGUUUGCGCCGGUCUUGUUAUUCAGCUGUUACUGGAACUGUAUGCUCAUGUUGCUCGAUCAAGAGUCCGCAACUUCGGAUUUUCCUCGAGUCUGUGCAUCUUAUGUUUACCUUGGCACUCGAUUCAUCAAGGCUUUAUCCUUCCUAACAAUGAGAUCCAUAUGAUGACUUGGGUGGAAUGUACCGGCUUUGUUGCUGUCAAUGUGGUUUGUACUUCUUC